UACAUGAAAAGAGGCAAAGAUAUAAGAUAAGUCUCAGUCAUCGUGUAGGAUUCGUAUUUCGUCACGCAUAGUAAACCCUAACCCUCAUCCUCACACAAUCUCCUCUCUCUCUGAUCGAAAGCUUUUCACAGUUUGAUCAUCACAACGAACGCAUCAAACACAUGGAUUGAUGGAUCCCCCUCGCAAAACCUACCCGAUGGACGAAUCAAAUGUUGUUCGAUACCCUAUGAAUCAUCUAGAUCAUUAUGAGUCUAAUUUUCCUACUCAAAAGGAUGUAAAUAAUCAGGCUUCUGAAGAUGUUGAUGAAAGUAGCAACAUCAGUGAUGUAAGGGAAAUUCAGGAUCUUAACAAAAAGAUGUCGGUACUUGAUGUUGAGAAAACAGAUGCAUUGGUUGCUAGUACGGUUGAAAGUGAUGAUACUUGUAAAGAUUUGGAUUAUAACCAUGAUAAAGAAAGUCAAUUUUUUUAUUAUGACCCACCCCUUAGCGAAGAUACUGGUGUUUGGAUUCCUGUUUCGGUCCCACCAAUGUCAGAAAGUCAACGUGAAGAAUGGAACAGAGGUCUCCGUAUGAACUCAAAUUACUUAUGUAAUAAUGAUAUGGAAUGGGAUCAGUUUGCGGGAGAAGAGAAAGAGUUUACGAUGUGGGAUGUUGUUCUUGAUAUGUUGCUUGCAGCUCAAGGCAAGAUGAGAUCCAUAACUUCUGGUGAUUCUUACGCGUAUCAAAUUUCAUGGUUAUCUGACCAGCUUCUUGAGCACACAUGGAAAGAGGUGACUCAUACUCUUACGGAAGCUAAUGCCGACAGUAUAAAGGAACUUCUAGAAGCCGAACCACCAAAGUGGUUGGCUGAUAGUGUUGCAUCUUAUUGUAUGCUCUGUAACGUGCGGUUUCAUCCUAUAAUGUGUUCCAGACAUCACUGUCGGUUUUGUGGUGGAAUCUUUUGCAAUGAGUGUUCUAAAGGAAGAAGUUUACUACCUGCAAAGUUCCUUAAAGGAAACCCACAACGGGUCUGUGAUGUGUGCUGUGUUCGGCUCGAGUUGGUUCAACCGUACUUAAUGGACCGUAUUAGCCGUGCAGCACAACUACCAACACAGGACCUGACUGACCUUAGUACAUUGAGAUCAUGGCUUAACUUCCCUUGGGGACAAACCAUGGAAUAUGAGAUCUAUAAGGCUACAAAUACCAUUCGGGGUUACUUUAAGGUUGGUUCUUUGACACCUGAAAAGUCAAUACCAGAUUCUAUAUUGAAACAAGCAAAAGGGCUUGCGAUUCUCACUGUUGCAAGAGUUGGCGUGAUGGUGACCUACAGUGUCGGUACAGGGUUGGUUGUUGCUCGUAGAGAUGAUGGAUCUUGGUCCCCGCCAUCUGCCAUUUCAACAUUUGGUAUGGGUUGGGGAGCCCAGGUUGGAGGGGAGGUUACUGAUUACAUAAUCGUGCUCAGAAACAGUGAUGCAGUGAGAACAUUUGGUGGAAAUGCACAUUUAUCGGUGGGAGCGGGAGCGAGUGCGGCUGCUGGUGUUGUUGGUAGGGCUGCUGGAGCGGAUUUCCGGGCCGGUGAUGGUGGAUAUGCUGCCUGUUAUACAUACAGUUGUAGUAAAGGUGCUUUUGUCGGUUGCUCACUUGAAGGAAGCAUGGUGACAACACGCGUGCAAGAAAAUUGCAGGUUUUAUGGUAACCCGUCGAUUAAAACAUUUGAUAUUCUUCUUGGUUCAUUGCCUCGACCUCCUGCUGCUGCGAUUCUUUAUGAUGCACUCUCAGAACUGUACAUGAAAGUUGAGAGGUAUUGAUUGUUUCACAUAUAUAUAUAUAUAUAAGCGUUGUAUAUAUUCUUUGCACAUAUGAUGAAUUUGUUCAUAUGAAUUAUGAUGAUUGUUGAUUAAUGAUGAUGAUUAUGGUAUGUGUUUCUCAUUA